AUGGAGGCGAUGCAUAAAAAGACCUGUGAAAGAAAAGGUUUAGUAAUCAAAUUAUUUGGAAUUCUUCGAUAUUGUGAGAUCCCACCAUCAGGGACAUGUUGUACAUAUUUUAUGGAAGGUAAAUUAGCUGUUUCAUCAAGAUUACAAUUGGAACGUAAUGUUAAAGAUUCGUUAGGGAAAUUGUCAUCUGUAUUAGGAACACGAGCUAUGAAAUUUAACAGCGAAUUUGCAACAUUAUUAGCAACAUCUAAAAAAGAAUUUCAUACGAUGUUUAAACGAACUUAUGGUGUUAUUUAUGAACAAAAUGCUUAUGUUUUUGCUGAUUUAUUUGCUGAAUUAGAAAAAUAUUAUACACGUGGACGUGUUAAUUUAUCGGAAGCUAUCGAUACAUUUUUUAAUACAUUAUAUCAAAAAAUGUUUACAGUAUUGAAUGCACAAUAUCAAUUUAAUGAUAAAUAUUUGGGUUGCGUUAGUGAACAUAUGAGAGAAUUAAAACCAUUUGGUGAUGUUCCAGAUAAAUUAUCAGUGCAAAUAAAACGAUCAUUUGUUGCAACACGAACAUAUGCUCAAGCUGUAAUUACUGCAUCAGAGAUUGUUAAAAAAGUUGCUAACACUCGUGUUUAUUCAGAAUGUACAGCUGCAUUAACAAAAAUGCAACAAUGUGGUAUUUGUAAAGGUCACUCAGAGAAACCAUGUAAUGCAUAUUGUGUUAAUGUAAUGAAAGGAUGUUUGCAACAUUUUAAUGAAUUAGAUACAGAAUGGGAUAAUUUUGUUGCUGCAAUUGUUAAAUUAUCAGAAAGAUUAUUAGGACCAUUUAAUAUUGUUAUGGUUGUUGAACCAAUAAAUAUAAAAAUUUCGGAGGCUAUAAUGAAUUUUCAGGAAACUGGUCAAGAUAUAUCAAAUCAAGUUUUUACUGGCUGUGGUAGACCAACAUUAGGACGUAAAAGACGUAAUCUAUAUAGUGAUAAAAUUGCUAUUUCAAAUAAUGAAUCCGAUAUAUUAGAUAUUGAUGCACAAAUUGAAGAUGAAGUUAUUACAGAUAGCAAUAAUAAUAAUAACAAUAAUAAUGAACAUCGUUUAAAUAAAAGAUCACCAAUAUCCGAAAUGGAUCAACAACAACAGCAACAAAAUGAUCAGGAGCACCAGGAACAAUUACAACAAGAACAUCAAUCUGAACAAUCAUUACCAUCAUCUUUAGAAACACAAGGUGGUGGCGGUGGUAGAAAUAAAAAUAAAAAAAGUGGUAAAAAAAUUGAUGAUGAUGAAAUGGAUAAUAGAGAACCAGAUUUAGAUAAAUUAGUUAAAGAUAUUAGAGAAAAAGUAAAAGAAUCAAAGAAAUUUUGGUCAAAUUUAGCGUAUCAUUUAUGUAAUAAUGAAGAUAAUGUUGCAUCACCAAAAGAUGAUCGUUGUUGGAAUGGUACAACUGUUGAUAGGUAUCGACAUCCAAUUGUUUUAGAACAAAGUACUAAUCCAGAAUUUCCAUCAAAUCAAAAUUUUAAACCUAAUAAUGUUAUUGUUAAUCAAUUAUAUUAUUUGAAAACAACAGUGAAUCAUUUGAAAAAUGCUUUUAAUGGCUUAGAUGUUGAUUGGUCAGACCAAGAAGAACCUGAUUAUGAAAAUGGUUCAGGAUCUGGUGAUGGUAUUGGUAGCGAUGAUGAAGAUGAUGAUGAAGAUAAUAUACAUGGUUCUGGUUCACAUGGUUAUGAUGAUAAUCACUCAACAAUUGGUCCAACUGGUUCACGUGAUGGUGGUAUAUCAAUUGAUCAUGGUGGUCAUGGUGGUACUGGUACUGGUACACAAAUUCAUGGCAAUCAUGAUCAUACAUAUAAUAGUAAUACAAAUAGAAAAGAUGAAACAUCAACUAAAAAGAGUAUAACACAAUCAAAUAAUGAAAAUGAAACAUAUAAACAUAAUAAAGCAAAUAGUUCAACAAAAUUAAAAGCAAUAUCAUUAAUAAAAGCAAUAGUUAUGUACUUAUUUCCAAUUUAUAUGGCAUGGUUUGGUGGCAUAUUUACGGAGUUGCUGUGAUUUUAUGUUUAGAUAUUAGGAAUUAUAAUAAUAUUAUAUAUUUUUUAUUUUUAAAAAUGAAACACAAUUUAAAAAAAAUAACAAAUUUUGCA